UAAUCCAUUAAUUCCAUUCGAACAAUUGUUUUAUUAAUUUAUGCUUAUCUAGUUAUUUAGAAGAUGAUAUUUUAAAAACUUUAAUACAUUUAACUAGCAAAAAACGCUCGCUUCGCUCGUAGUUAACAUGUUUUGUUGCGAAGCAUGUUAUAAAAAAGUAAAAAUUUAUAAAAUAUAUUUGUUUGUAUAAAUAUGUUUUAUAAGAAUGAUAAAGAUUAUAUAAUUUUUUUUUUUUAAUUAUAUAGUAAAAUAUUAAAAUAUUUCUUUGUACACAACACAAACGGUACGACUUUCCCCGAGAGACUGGAUAGUCAGUCGGUUCCAGGAUCUGGAUAAGGGAAAGGAAAAUUAAUGAGUCUGUUUCUAUAUUUUAACAAUCAUAAAGUAGAUUUGGUAACAAAACAAAAGUAUUGGAAGUAAGUUGUUAAAUCCCGUCUGAAACAGAAAUCAAUUACGGGCUUUGUUAAGAAUAUUUUGCCUUUACAAAUGGUAUUGUUUAAACUAACGCGGUUAACAAAUUUCAAGUACGGCUUUAUGAUUUCGCUACAAUCGGAAUUCUACGGUCGCGGCAUCGGUUCGUCGGUUCGGUGGCGGUGUUAGGGGGCGAUGACGGAUUUCGAGGUUAGGAAUUCAUUCGGUACGGUGAAGUCGUGUGCGCACGUAUUUUCGAUGCACGUGUUAUGAAAAAUAUUGUAACUGAUAAUGAAUAUAGUUCUAAGUAUAUUGACUCUUGUAUUUGCCAUCGUGUCAGAUUUUUAAAUUUUUCUAACAAUGGUAUACAAAAUAACCGUACAAAACUUUAAAAAUAUAGCCUCUUUAUUAUUUCAUAAAAAUUUUUUUUAUUCUCGUAAAUCUACAUUUGAAAAGUUUAAUGUAUACUGUCUUCCAUUAAUGACACAUAAAUUAAAUGGUAUUGUAAAGUUAGGAAAAUAUAUCUGUGAAAUUUUUUACCAAUAAUUAGUUACUACUUAAUUUAGUCAAUUUCAUUCUAAUUUUAUAGUAAUAUCAUAUUUACAAUAUAAUAACAUUAUGAUCGUAUUUAUCUAUUAAAUUAUGUGAAAUUUAUAUUAUUAUUGCAAACUUCUCAGUACUCGUUGCUACAUAAUUUUACUUUUCUAGUGCUCUUUGUUGACCGUUACUAUCUAGUUUAUUGUCCUAUACAGUAUUUAUGCGUGACUAUGCAAUCUCAGUAUUAGUAUACGUGUAGCCUUCAGCUAUUGGGAUCUGAUACCGGGGAGGAGUCCAUAGUUAUAGCUAAUCAACGUCGUGUCACCAUCCUAGCGAUUAAAGGGAGUUAAAUAGAGCGGACUUAGUUUUUUGGCAAAAAAAAUAUUUUCUAUGCCAAGUAUUUGCGAUUAAUAGUAAGGUAUCGACAAAUAGCCAUGUUACUAUAGGUCUAGGUGGAAAAAUGUCUAAAACCGCUGUCAAUUCUUUGGCACGUUGCUUCCUCCAACAAAUUUAUAAUUCCUAUAAAUACAAUAUUGUUCCAAUACAUAAAAUGUUGUUCAAGUAUACAUAUUGUCUUAUCUUGAAACUGUGGGAAUGUAUUCCCGAAGUGUUCCAAGGAUCUCAUGAAUUAUUUCAGAAUUUUUUCAUAAAUUCUGAUGUAAUUCUGUAGAAACAACUAAUAUAAUUGUCUAUUCGAGCUUUUGAAUUGCCGCUUAGAUUCUCUAUUGAUCAGAGUAGUUGUAACGCGUCUAAUCAUAGGUACGGUAGAACGCGUUCAAUUCUUACUCUCUCUCUCUCUCUCUCUCUCUCUCUUCCCGGACAACCGCCGAAGCGUUCGGACGAUCGCCUAACACUCAUAGUGUAAUUGAGUUGCAAAUUCAUUAAAGAUAAUAUAUUCUUAAGAGAUAGUGAGUGACUUUAUUUUACCUGGCUUCGCACACCUGCUUCCAUACCUAAAGCAUCAAAUUCUAUAUUAAAUUUUUUUUACAUCACCUUUUUAAUCAUAACUAGCGCGCGACACGCGGCCUUACCGGCGCUCGCCUCGAUAUUGCCUGAUGGUCGCACUCCGCUCGAGCGUGAGGUAAUCAAUUAAAGCUUUUGGGCCAAAUGGGGCGUGUCACACCGAAAUUGUUAUUCAAUUAUAUGUACCAAAAAUCGUUUCUAGGGUUGUUGUUUAUGUAUAAGCGUUUUGAACACAUGUUUGUCAUGGGUAAAAAGUUGUGUUUUCAAAUUAUCUACAACUUUUACGUUUAAGGUUUUUAUGUAAAAUGUAUACUAGUUUAUUCCUAUAACAAAAUCGAUUUUGCCCUGUUAACUCGAAUUAAAAGCAUUUUCACGCUUAAGUGUCUAGAGGAAAGAGUUUUUUUCCUUGAGAUCUAUAACUUUUCUAUUUAACUUUUUUUCUAACACUCAUAGUGUAAUUGAGUUGCAAAUUCAUUAAAGAUAAUAUAUUCUUAAGAGAUAGUGAGUGACUUUAUUUUACCUGGCUUCACACACCUGCUUCCAUACCUAAAGCAUCAGGUUAUGGGCCCUGCCCCAUUCAAAGAACUCCGAAAAAGUUUUCUUUGCCGUGAUAUGUGCGAAACCGAGGUCGAACAGUGCCGGCUAUAAAUAUAGCGAAUUACGCAACACUACAGUUAGAGUGCAGAAUUUGAAAAUGGCGAGUCGCAGUUCAAACGGUACAUACCAACUCAUCGACAAAUUAGUUGGCCGUGAAAAUUAUAGACAGUGGUCAGUAGCCAUGAGGGCUUACUUGGAAGUCGAAGAUCUAUGGGACACCAUAGAAGCUCGCACAGACGGCACCCUGUCUACAGAUCCGAAAAAGAUGCAGAAAACGCGUGGGCGCAUAAUUCUUGCAGUGGAAUCCGAAGUAUACGCGUACAUCGAAAAUACGACAUCACCGCAAGAGGUCUGGAAUGAGUUGGCAAAAACUUAUGAUGAUAAGGGACUGACCAGAAAAGUAUCGCUUCUACAAGCAACUACCACGACUAGACUGAAAAAUUGCAGAUGUAUGGAAGAGUACGUAUCAAAUAUUAUUUCUGCUACUAAAAAGCUCAGCGCAAGUGGCACAAAAUUGCAAGAAGAUUUAGUGGGUGCGCUUUUGCUGUCGGGUUUACCGUCAUCAUAUCAGCCUAUGAUAAUGGCGCUUGGAAGCUCCGGAGCAGAAAUAACGGCCGAUUUGGUCAAAAACAAAUUAUUAGAAGAAAACUAAAAUGGCGUCCGUGAAAGCGACUCCGAAACGCUCGGACUCUACACGCACCAGUCGCAUCACUCAAGCUUCCAGUCUCGAAAUUCGAACAACAGAGGGCGCCACCCAUCCAAGCAAAAGCAGCGUAAUCAGUAUGGUCACUUGGCGAAUAGAUGUACAGUCCAGAAUCGCAAAUCCCAAAAAGCUUGCACAGUAGCUACAUCAGCUGACGAGAGCGAAUGUGAGGACACUGUGUGACCACGUUAACCAUGCGUGAUACUCACUCAGCCGUCGUCGACACUGUUCUUGCCGAUGCUGAAGCCCAAACCACGAUACCUGUGGAGACGUUGUUUGUAGUGGAUCUAGUGAGUAAUGCAAGCAAAUCAGAAUGGAUUUUAGACUCCGACGCGUCAAUCCACAUGUGUUGAAGUGACGCGCAUAUGUCUAACGUGCGAAAACCAAAGACUGCUACAGUUACAGCAGCUAACAAAGCUAAGGUGCC